AUGGCUAGUAACAAUGAAUAUGAAAUCGCUCUAAUCAAGAAUGAAAUAGAUGCUCGUUUAUGUGCUAAAUUAAUUGCGGAAGAGUUUGCUUUACACAAUCAUUUGUCGGCUUUUAAUCAUCCAACACCUGAAGAAUUAUUUAAUGGAUGGGUUUGGUCAUUAAUGAUCGAUACACUUAAUGAAAAAUUAUCAUUUCUUAUACGACAUUGUCCAACGAAUGAAAUUGUUGCAGUAAUUAUAGCAGGCGACCUCUUUUUAGAGUGUUAA